AUGUCUGCUGCAACUCCAAGCGAUCAUCAAUACGUGGUCUAUCUUGCACACGACAGCACAUCCAGGCCCCGUCUCAUUUCUGUUCCCAAGAAUGCAUCCGUGCUAGACCUGGAAUUCGCUACUCGUCGUGACCCAGACUACCAAGACUACUUGGGGUACAAACCCGUAUUCCUUUAUAAGUGUGGUGGUCUUGAGAGGAAGCCGCUCGAAUCACUUUAUGGCCGUGCCUUAGACUGGCUUCGUGAACACGCAGGUGAGGUUGGAGAAAUAACGCCUUUGGAUCCUGCAGACCGUCUGAACGAGUAUUUCCCUGAGGGACCUACCCCGGAGCAUGAGAAGAUGGUAGAUGUUAUUGCUAUGGAUGGUUCAACGGUCGCUCCGGCCAAACGGCGCAAACGCUCGCGUCCUAGUUCAGAAGAAUCCUCUAAAGCAGGCGACAGCAUCCUUAGGAAGCUUGGGGAAAAUGAAACUGCCAUCUGGCACCGACUCGCAUUUAAUCUACAUAAUUAUUUGUGGGGUCAAAGGGAUCGAUUGAAAGAGAUCUGUGAGCCGAAGGAAAAGGACGUGCCGAAGGUGGGAUGGGUCUCAGCUACCUUUUGGAACCUGAGGAACCUGCCGUUCUGGCCGACAGGUGUUACAAGCUUGGACCUGGCAGAGCACUUUAUGAUCCGAGAUGAGUACCGAGAGCUUGACACGUAUAUCACGGAAAAGUUGGAGAACCCAUUCUUCUUGAAGUUAACGUUACAACUAGGCAAAACUGUAUACCUGACCUAUUGCCUUCUGGGUUGCCUCUUCGAGAAAGAGCCAACAAUUUUGAUGUUGCGGCCUAACAUUCGUUACUUAUUCCAGGAUGACGGUGUGUACAGUCUUCCAGGAGAGUCGUACGUGUCUACCGAUGAUAGCGCAAUUAUACAAGAACCAUUGGGGAGGGUACUUGUUCUAUAUGACUGCAACAGCGAUCAGGAGAAAGCGAUAUUAGCUUGUCCAGGGACAAGAAUGCUUAUCUCAACAUCCCCUAAGAAAUCCCGAUAUCAUCGAUUUGAAAAGGAGCAAAGAGCGGAAAUGUUCGUUAUGCAAACGUGGGCAUGGUAUGAGAUUUAUUUGUGUUGCGAUAUGGCUAAACAGCAGCGCUCUUCGAAAGAAUUGGCUAUAGCAUAUUGCAAGUAUGGAGGGUCAGCACGAAAUUUACUUAACGAGGGAGAAGACAAGCUGGAGAGAUUGCUGAGGGAUGCGAUAGACAGCUGCGACAAACUCGACAUCAUGAUUACCCAGCAGAAGACAGUGUCGACAAUGGAAAGCAGCCAACUUGUUCAAAUCAAUCCUAGCUUCAAGGACAACGUAUUAAAUCGAUCAUCAAUGACUGCAUCAGUCAUCUCAGUGGCAGUUUUGUGCAUGCUCUGUGAUGCGAAGGAUCGUGAAUUCUUGCAUCACUUGGAAUCAAGAUUCCAAAAUUUCACAGACUGUUCUGAAAUAUUUAAAGCAUCUGCAGGCAUUGCUUUCGAGGCUGCAAGUCAUAGAUAUAUUAUGGCCAAUACAAGGACACCAUUUGACAUUCGUUCUCUCAGCAAUCAGCAUAUCACCAAGCAGUUACAUUUGUCUCACGUGACAGAUCUUUGCCUAUUCUCCCCGCACGAUCCCAAAGCCAGUUUACUGCAGAGUAAUCAAUACUAUAAACCACUUGCUAAAAACUUGCCUGGAAUUGAUGCGUACGCCUUUGAAAUGGACGGUGGCACUAUUUGUGGGAUUGUAUUUUUCCAAUUCACAAUAACAACCCAUCAUCCAAUAAACCAGAACUUCCUAGACAAUCUCUGGACAUCUUGGCCAGGUUAUUGUCAGCAUUGGGAAUGGAAGUUGAUUUUCGUUGUUCCUGAGGGAAUAGCACCCGGUUACAAGGAGCAGCAGUGGCAACCAAAUUAUAACGAGGAUAUUUGGAAGAGAAGAGUUUCUCAGUAUGUUUUGGGUGUUAAUCAACAGCAGCUCUGGGAGGCAAUGCAGAUGCAGAAUGUAACUUAA